AUGUUUCCUGAAAAUUUCUAUGACAUUGAAGAGCUUUCCCCUGAUGAUCGCGCUCUGUUUGCGCAGAAGUACCGGAAAUAUCUGCGCCAUAUAGCGCAAACAGCAAUAUGGACUACCUACAUCUACUUUGCAGUGCGGUUGUUUUUUACCUUGAUAACCCCGGACCGAACAUGGAAGAUGUGGGCAAUGCUUGGCAUUGAGGGUUUAUUUGCUCAAAUAUCCCUGAACCACCAACACUUGUCGUUAGCCGCAACAACAAAACCACUGCGCCAGACACUCCGCAAGAGAUUACGUAACAACGAAAAUCUACCCAGAGUCGACGUGCUAGUAACAUGUUGCGGGGAGCCAGUCGAAAUUAUCCUGGAUACAGUGCGAGCAGCAUGCGGCUUAGACUACCCGGCUUCCCGGUUUCGAGUCCGGCUUCUGGACGACGGGGGGUCAAUUGACCUGCGCGACGAGAUUGCAAAGCUCACCACGAAAUGGACCCACCUGUCUUAUCACACCCGGGGCAAGCAAUCCGGGAAAUCAUUUGCCAAAGCAGGGAAUCUCAACUAUGCACUGUUCUCCCUGCAGACCGAAGACCCACCCGAGUUCUGCACAGUUGUCGACGCAGACUCCAUCUUGAUGCCGGAGUUUCUACGCGCAACCCUGCCCCAUCUACUUGCUGAUCCGGAGGCAGCAUUAUUGACUACGCGACAGUAUUUCUACAAUCUCCCUCGCAGUGAUCCCCUCUCCCAGUCGCGCGCUUACUUCUACACGUGUGAGAAUACAGAACUCGAUCUUCUCGGUCAUGCACUGGACGCAGGAUCAGGUGCAGUUUUCCGUCGCGAGGCGAUUCUCGACGCUGGUGGAUAUCCGACUUAUUCUUUCUCGGAAGAUUGGCAGCUGUCGUUGAUUUUACGAGGGCUUGGUAAACGCACGAUGCAGGUACAAGAGGUUUUACAAUUCGGCCUCGUUCCUACUUCUCUCGCGGGACAUCUCAAACAGCGGAAUCGGUGGCAUAUUGGACACUCUCAGCAAAUUUCUGUGUUGUUCCCUUCAAUCAAUAAGGCGAUACCUCAGCAUCUGCGUUGGGACAUUGCUCUUGGAGGACUGUCUAUCAUGGCAGGUCUUGUGGCAUACUCGAUUGGCUUUGUUGCUCUGCCCUUCCUUGUUGUCUCUGAUGGUGGGUUUAUUCCUGCUGGAUCGGCGUUGGAGGUCAAGAUCCAGCUUGUUCUGGCCAUCGCUCAUGUUGCAUCCAUGUGGGCAUAUGACUGGGCUCGGAGUGCACAUGCCGGUGUUCCAUUUGCACCUUUUGCACAUGCGGAGAAUAGUUGGCUUUCUGGUGCCCAUUUGUACGCCAUUGUACGAUUCCAUCUACUCGGGAGCAAGCCUAAGGGAUCUUUUGUUACCGGAAGCACCGCAAAUUCGAGUGAAAAUGCCCCAUCCAUUUCUUCGUUUCAAAAGGCAUACAGAGAUACUCUUCAAAGUGGUGCUUUGUUGAACAUUUAUCUUUUUAUUUCUACUGUUGGAGCUAUGCUUUUUGCAGUCUGGGUCGCUAUCCCUGAAGAUGGAUUGGCAAUUCCCAAACUUCUCACUACAAUUGCUUGGCCGCCGUUACUGCAUUUGUGUCUUUUGGCGAUUGUCAACAACUGGGUACCCAUUGCCCACCUGUUCAAUCCUCCGACCUAUCACUCCAGAGAAUCUAGAUUGGUCACCACAGAUAUGGGAAUAUCGUACCCGCGAGCGGAGGUUGAAGGGGAACUUGGCUCCGAGAAGUCUUUCUUCGGCCUCUGCUGCUCUUUUCUGGUUCCAACUAUUCUUUUGGGCGUGCUUGUGGGUGUUUUGGUACUAUAG